UCUGGAAAUUAUUAAAUUUUGCGUUCGCAUUCACACUCGCUGAGUAACGGGUAUCUGAUAUCUGCAUUUUCUUGCUUAUGUUGAAAAUUAAAACAAAAUCACCAAACCUGAAUAAUAAUAACGAGGGAUGUGGAAUGUAAAAUCGCCUAGCAACGGAGUUGGCCUGGCCUUUUUCGGCUUGUGGAAGUUUAUUAAUUUUCAUUACAGAACACAUUUGGCAAUAUGGUGCUUAUCACCGAAAAGCUGGUCCGCAAGAAGUCAGAGCACAAUGAACGUCUAAUCAGCACGCUGGAAGAGAUCUCCUUGCACCAGGAGGACAUCGAGGUAAUUGAACACAUCCAGAACUGGUGUCGCGACCUCAAGAUCCUUCUCCUCCAAUCCAACCUGAUUGCACGCCUGGAGAAUUUGCACAAGCUGAAGCGCUUGGAGUACCUCAAUGUGGCCAUCAACAACAUAGAACGGGUGGAGAAUCUGGAGGGCUGUGAGUCGCUUAGUAAACUGGAUCUUACUUUAAACUUUAUAAGAGAGCUAACCAGUGUGGAGUCGCUAUGUGGCAACCACAAUCUCCGCGAGUUGAUACUCAUUGGUAAUCCUUGCGUGGAUUAUCCGCACUACAGGGACUACGUGGUGGCCACCUUGCCACAGCUGAACAGUUUGGAUUGCGUGGAGAUCAUGCCCUCGGAACGUCUGCGAGCGUUUCGGGAACUGUCCAAGAACCGGACCAUCAUUGUUCAGAAGCAAGCAGAUCAAAACAUCGAACGUGAUGAGCAGCGUAUCCGGGUGGCGAAGCAACAGUCCGCUCUGGCUGAACAUUGUGCCGGCAUAGAGGACGAAGAAGAGCGCAUAAAGGCCUUUUGGCAGGCGAAGAGCGAGCACUGCCCGGAGAUUCGCACAGAGAUCGCUCGGCAACACCGAUUGGGCCGGGAGCGGCAUGAAACCAAGUCCCCAUUGGACCCACCGAAGCCGCAGCGCAACCUCUUCGCUCCUUGUGGCAGACCCUACAAUCUCAACCAGGCCAAACUGCCCUUUAACUUCCAGGACGAGGCCGACCAUUACUUGCUCCAACUAGAGGUGUACAGACACCUGGAUACCUCUCUAAUUGACAUCGAUGUGCAGACCACGUACACUAGAGUCACCGUCAAAAAGAAGAUCUUUCAGAUCGCGUACAGCGAGGAGGUCAAGCCGGAUGAGUCCACGGUGCAGCGUUCCCAGAUUACAGGUCACCUUAUGGUCAAGCUUAAGAAGCUAAAAGUUAACGAGCUGCUGAUAGCCAAGAAAAGCCCGACUAAAAGGUCGGUUCAUAAACCACAAAUCCUAGCUACCUUUUCAUGCAGCCCUGCCCCUUUUGAUGCUGGAAAAAAUUAUGGGAAUCCAGAGGAAGCGUUUCGCGGAGUCGUGGACAUCAGCAACAUUUGUGCACCCGAAGAUCUCCCCGAUUUAAUUUGAGACGUGUUCAUUAUUUAAAAAUGGUUUAUUUAAAUAUUUGUCUGAUUUGGUUUGAUUUCUCAAACUCCUCAGUGAUCUUUUGUUUUGUUUGGUUUUUGUGAUCCAUCCAUCGAUCAAUCAUAAGCUUUCUAAUAAACACUAAACACUUUAGCCAGAUCGGAUGCUCAUAUAUGCUAUAUAUAUGCGCUUGAGUGUGUGUCUGUGUACAUAUACAUUUCAUAUAUAAAUGUAGUCACAUGGCCAAUAAACGUAAGUCGGAUAAUGCAAAACAGAGCACACGAAAAUAAAUAUUAAAUUAAAAAUUAUAUUCUAA